UCUGAGCCCGUGAAAGAGGAAAUGAACCAAUCGCAGAAUCCCUUGGGCAAACAACUGACUGAAGCAAGAAAAACAAGUCUUUUGAAACCAUCACUGAAGUCGGCUGCACAGAAUUAUUAAAGGAAAACUUUACAUAUGCAGCUUGCCGAUUCCGGGGAUUUAUGUUGUAUUACCCAAAGCAUUUCCAUAAAUCAGGCUGAUCGAAGCUUGUUGUUGUUAAAUCCCGUCUAAAUGCUCAUAAACGGUUAACAAUGGAAAACAGGAUGGAUGGUUAUUUGGAUCAGCAAGUGCCUUACACGUUUCCAAAUAAAGCGCACGAUCCCGGGACAUUGGAGCGGGCUGUGAUUGUCAGGAAGAGAAGGUACAUCGCCAAAGAAUUAACACCGGACACAGAAGAUCUCUUCCAGGAUUUAAGUCAACUUCAAGAAGCUUGGCUUGCAGAAGCUCAGGUGCCAGACAGCGAUGAGCAGUUUGUGCCGGAUUAUCACUGUGAAAGCCUGGCUUUUCACAGUCCCACACUGAAGAUUAAGAAGGAGCCACAGAGUCCCAUCUCUAACCCAAGCUUGUCCUGCCGACAUAAGCAACCAUUCCAGUACAGCAAUGGGGAGCAGUGCCUUUAUGCCAGUGCCUAUGAGAAAAAGCCACAGGUUGGUCUCAACUCUCCAAAUCCUGGGAACGCUUCAAAUAGUCCAUUACAGCAAGUCUGCAAUAAAUCCACGGUGAACCCCAGACGGGACCACGGCUUUGUGAAUCUCCAUACACCCACCCAACCCAUGUCCAAUGGCAGAUUCCCAAUGGACCACAGCUCACAGUUUCAACAACAGCCUUUGGAGCUUUGCCACCGUUUUCCCUCUUCCCAAAGCAUGAACAGGGAAGCACCUCUGGGAUAUCAGCAGCAAAUGUCUGAGCCCUGUGUCUCAUACCCGCAGCAGGGUUACAAGCAGGAGUAUCACGACCCGAUGUAUGAGCAGGGAAACCCAGGCAAUGCUGGCGGCCAACGUUUCUCCCACUCCAUGGUCAUCAAACAAGAACCUCCAGAUUAUGCGUAUGACCCAGAUAUUCCUGGCUGUCCUUCCAUGUACGUGCCUAAUGAAGGUUAUCUUACUCAGUCCAGCAAUCCCGAAGGCUUUUCAUAUGAGAAACAGCUGAGAUCCUAUAGCGAUGAUGCAUCUGUAGUUCCUGACAAACUUGAAGGUGACAUCAAGCAGGAGAUCAAUACAUACCGCGAGGGUCCUUUAUAUCAACGCCGGGGUUCUCUGCAGCUGUGGCAGUUCCUUGUUGCCCUCCUGGAUGAUCCAUCCAACUCCAACUUCAUUGCUUGGACUGGCCGAGGCAUGGAAUUCAAACUUGUUGAACCAGAAGAGGUGGCAAGACUUUGGGGAAUGCAGAAGAACAGACCUGCCAUGAACUACGAUAAACUUAGCCGUUCCCUUCGCUACUAUUACGAGAAGGGCAUCAUGCAAAAGGUGGCUGGUGAGCGGUAUGUGUACAAGUUUGUCUGUGAACCGGAAGCACUCUUCUCCUUGGCAUUCCCUGACAAUCAGCGGCCACUGUUGAAGUCGGAAUUUGAUCGGCAUGUGAACGAAGAGGACACUGUACCCCUGUCACAUCUGGAUGAGAAUACCACCUACAUGCCAGACGCUGGCUGCAUCAAUUCACAGCACUAUAACAAAGGAUACAUGUAUUGAUCAGCAGCAAGGGGAAUACUUGGUUUUUAACCUCUCUAAUUGCACUGCGGUAACUAUUAGAAACUGGUAGUAAUUAUACGUUAGAAUCUUGUUGCUUCAGAAGUACAUAUAACAAAUAACCUGGAAUAUAAAGUCAUAGCCUAUGUGGUUUAAGAA